AUGUUCUCCCUCUCAUCUUCCGCCCGCCCGCUGCUAGCGGCGUGCCGGCCGUCGACGUGGCCGUCGCCCGUUGCCCUGCGCGCGGCCCCACGACCCGCACUUUCGUCGCCCCCCGCCGUCCUCGCGCGCGGCCGCCACUCCUGGGCGCCGAUGCGCGUGAAGUUCAUCAAGCGGCACAAGGGCGUGCUCCCCGUGCCCACCGGGGGCGCGACCAAGGGCACGACGCUCGCCCACGGGGAGUGGGGGCUUCGCAUCUGCGGCCACGGCGCGCGCAUCACCGCGCAACAGCUCAAGUCGAUCGACGACAUGAUCAAGAAGAAGCUGAAGGUCAUUAAGGGUGCCAAGGUCUGGUUCCGUGUGUUCCCGGACGUGCCCGUUUGCCAGAAGGUGCGUGGAAACGAGACUCGUAUGGGGAAAGGGAAGGGUUCGUUCGAGUUCUGGGCCACCAGGGUGGCUCCUGGACGCGUUAUUCUGGAGAUUGGUGGUGCUCCUGUUCGUGAGGAGCUGGCACGGCAAGCGUUACGCAUUGUUGCAGGAAAGCUCCCUACGCAGACGGAAUUCAUCAGCCGCAAGUCGCCUCCGAGACUGGGCAACAUGCUCAUUCACCCUGAGAUCCCGGCGGACGUGAACCCCUCGAUAACCCUAGAGCCUGCACCUCAAGUUACAGCAUAG